AUGCAUACCGCUCUGCAGCUCGGCGAAAUUCUUGCUGCCAUUCUCGAGCAUUGCUCGUCUGGGACUCUUGGAACGGCUGCAGCAGUAUGUCGCACUUGGGAAAUGACGGCGAAUAGUAUGCUCUGGCGGAAUGUUACGACGCUAUGGACUUUGCUUCAGGUUCUGGGUCCGAUGGAGGAAGGAGAUAGAGGAAUGACGUUUGCUCGGCCUUUUUCCGAGAUGAAUUGGGACAGAUUCCUGCACCAUGCCCAGCGUAUCCGAGAGUUGAGUUAUGAUUUUGACAUCAAAGGUCAAAGGGCGAUCUCCCCCGAAGCAUUGAUUAUGCUCGCGACGACACGGCCGAAGAUGUGCUUGAUGCCCUGCCUCGACCGACUUGUUUGGGCCGUGGUCGACCAUGACCAUUUCUCCUUUGCAAGGCUGUUCAUGCAUUCCGAACUUACUAGCCUGCAUCUCAUCGUUUUUGCGGGUAUGCGAACGGCGGUUUUGCGGGACUUCCUGCACGGCUUGCCUAAUGUCUGCGCUCGUCUCACGGAGCUGGAGCUCGAUUGUGGGACGAGCUCAUCCUCCCUCGAGCCUGUCCUUACAGACACUAUCAAAGCCCUUCCAGACAUGGAGUACUUGUGCCUCCCAGCAUAUGGCAUCACAACGUCCGUUUUACGUGCUCUGUCGCAUCAUAAGUUUUUGAAGCGUUUGGGCGCUCGACCAUUUUGGCGCUCGAGUUUCGUGGGUGAUCCCGAUGAUGUCAAAUCGAUUGAUGUGUCCGGUCUUCCUGAGAAUGCAUUCUCGAAACUUGUUGAACUUGAUCUUGAUAGCAGGUUCAACGUUUUGCGGAAUGUGUUAUCCUCACCAUGCGUGUCGCGGUCAAUAACACACCUCAACGUUUCUGCAUUUGAGCGUGAGCCGCUUUCAGCAUUAACUUCGUUCCUUGAUCUUGUUUCGAAGGAAUUUUCAUCGCUUACCGACCUCAUGGUUGCUUACCUCGUAAAACCGCCCGAUCCCGACCAAGAUGAGCCUAUCCCGGACUUCAACCUUCCUCGUAUUUCGCUCGACGUUAUACGACCCGCACUGCGUCUGGGGAGAUUGCAUUGCUUUCACCUCAAACACAACAGACCACUCGUACUUUCCGAGAGUGACAUCGAAGAGCUUGGCCGGGCGUGGGGUGGCCCAACUGGCACUCUGCGUACCCUGCACCUUGUACCGGAUCCUGUCUGGACGACUUUAAGUACCGAUGACGGCCCUCCAGCGCUUGGCCUGUUUAGCCUGGAGAAGUUUGCAAGUGCUCUGCCACUUCUCGAAUGGCUCGAAAUAUAUAUUGACGCCGAGCAUGGAGUGACCUCGCGUCCACCACCACCCGUCCACAAGUUCGAGAAUCUCACAACGCUCGGUUUCGGUAUUUCGCCAAUUUCGCAUACAGCUAUUGGACCGAUCGCACGAUGGUUAGCGAAGCUUGCACCCUGCACCGAUCUAAGUAUUACGUACGGUGCGGAUUGGACUCUUGGUUGGGCUGAACUUGGAUUUUCUGUUGAGUUGGACCAUAUUCCUCGUCGAGAUGCUUGGCAGCGUGUUGAAGAGAUGCAUUCUCAAUUGGUUCUGUAUGCUGCUGAGACGAGACGUGAGAUCGAGCGUGAUCUAACCCUACAAAAGGUAUUAAAUCAGUUCACAAUCAGCAUCCAACGUCGCUGA